AUGUCUCGGAAUUCUUGGAAGGAUUACUCCAAAAAGGGACUGGGAUUGGGAAAGAAAGGAUUCGACAAAGCAUGGCAGGCCCUUGAUAAGCUGGGAGCGCCCGUCAACCGCCUGUCGAAUCGUGUCGGGGCGGAGGCCUUCUGGCCGAUGACUUUGGAUAAGGAAAGCGACAAAGCUGCACGGAUCCUCCGCAGCUUCUGCAAGGAUGGCUUCUACGACAAGAUCGAUGCUGAGGCGGCAGCUGCGAAAGAAAAUGACGUUCCUAACGGCAAGAAAAAAAUCGACCGCCCCGUGGGCAAGCAGAGAGUCCUCAAGAAGAUUCCCGCUGAAGUGAUCAAGCAGGCUAAGGGGCUCGCUAUCUUCACAACCAUGCGAACAGGUCUCUGGGUCAGCGGAGCGGGCGGCAGUGGUAUCUUGGUCGCGCGAAUUCCUGAAACCGGUGAAUGGAGCCCACCAUCGGGCAUCCUCCUCCAUACUGCGGGUGUAGGGUUCUUGGUUGGUGUUGAUAUUUAUGACUGCGUCGUCGUAAUCAACACCUAUGAGGCCUUGGAGGGCUUCAAGAAGCUCCGUUGCACCCUUGGCGGAGAACUCAGCGUUGCGGCUGGCCCGGUCGGUAUGGGUGGAAUCCUCGACUCCGAAGUACACAUGCGACAGGCGCCGAUCUGGACAUAUCUGAAAAGCCGUGGGGUCUAUGCCGGUGUGCAGGUGGACGGCACAAUUAUCAUCGAACGAUGGGAUGAGAAUGAGCGGUUUUACGGACAGAAAAUAUCAGCACAGGACAUUCUGGCUGGCAAGGUCAGGAAUCCUCCUUCAUCGAUUCGAACCCUCAUGCAGACCAUCAAGGCUGCACAGGGC